AUGGCUGGUAUCAAAUGUUCAGGCCGUGUGUUUUCCAGCGGCUUAGCGGCGACCAUGACCGUGUGUAGUCUGUUGAACAUCGGCGACUCAGUGAUCAGCUGCAACGACGUGUACGGCGGAACGAAUCGUUUCCUGAAGCGCAUCGCCAUCAAAUACGGCAUCAAGCAUUCGAUGGUGAACAUGACGCUUGAGAGCAUCGAAAAGCACAUGACCGAUGAUGUUAAGCUGGUAUGGAUCGAGACUCCGUCAAACCCGAUACUGCAGAUCAUUGACAUUCGGGUGGUGUGCGAUGCUGUAAAGAAAUACCCGGGUGUCCUGGUGGCAGUCGACAACACAUUUAUGUCGCCGUACUUUCAGCGCCCGCUUGAACUUGGCGCCGACGUGGUCGUCCAUUCUGUGACCAAAUACAUUAACGGACACAGCGAUGUCAUAAUGGGAUGCGUCAUGACGAAUAACCCCGAAAUCGCCGAACAUCUUACCUUCCAUCAGCUCGGUACGUAUCGUGACAUGUUGUCAUUUCUUAUCCUAAGUAAAGUUUCGCUAAAAGCUAUAUUAGGAUUGAGGUAAGU